GGCCCCGCGAAGCGCGAGGUGCGGAUGGCGCCCGUGAAGUCCGCCGAGGAGCUCCGAAAAGCGCAGGACGAGGAGGCGGCGGCGCGACGAGAGAAGGAGAAGCGCGCGCUGUUUCUGCGCGAACAGCGGCAACGGCAGCAGCCGGCGCAGCGCGAGAAGUUGCUCAUGGUUCCGCCCGGGUUUCAGCCCACGCCGGACGCGGGUAACCGCAAGGUGAUGCAGAUGCCCGCGCCCAGGAACCUUGCGCUCGCCGCGUUUGGCGCCGGACCGGGAUCACAGACGGCGAUGACACCGGGGCGGCAGGCGGCGAUUGCCGCCAUGCAAACCCCUCUGCCGAACCGGAACCGCCGCGAGUCGGUCUCGAUGACCCCGGGACCCCGGGGCGGGCGGUUGAGCGAGAUCAUGAGCACGCCGAUGGCGAUGAGCACGCCGCGUUCCUCCGGGGGACGGGGCACCGCGCCGCCUGGGAGCAGGGGCGCCGCGAUGCUGCAGCAGGCGAUGUGCACGCCGGCGAGAGAGACUGUUGUAGCGGAGACUCCCGCGGGAUCUCGCGGGAUGGUCGUCGCCGCGACGCCUCUUCACAGUCGCGACGGCGGAGGCGUUGGGGCGCAGCAGCAGCAGCGGGUGGGCGCGCGGAAGGGUAUGUUGGGUUUCGGCGCGAUGGUUCGCGAGGCGAGGGAGGCUGAGGAGGAGCAGGCGCCUUCGAAACGCGCGAAGAAGAUGUUCACCUUUGGCGGGCGCGGCGACUGAUGUUGGCAGUUAUUAGACACCGAUGGACGUAGAAUUAGAAGAGCGUCGGGGGAUGGAAUCACGGGUGCCACGUGCGAGUCCU